AUGGCCGACGGUGAGAAGAAAGCCCGCUUGUCAGGUGAACAGACCAGAGUCAAUGAGCCAGCGGCCCCUGCUUCCUCGGCGAGCAUCCUCCCUACGACAGAAAAGCCUCAACCUCCUAAACCCUCAUUGCACCCAUCUCUCUAUGUGAUAACAUGGAUUGGGUUCAGCGGGGGUGUGAUUCUGUUCAAUAAAUGGCUGUUGGAUACACUUGGCUUCAAAUUUCCCAUCACAUUGACAGCAUGGCAUAUGCUCUUUGCAACUAUCAUGACACAGCUCCUCGCGAAAACGACGACACUCCUUGAUGGCCGCAAAACCGUCAAAAUGACCGGCAAAGUCUACCUCCGUGCUAUUCUGCCAAUCGGUUUCUUCUUUAGCUUGAGCUUGAUUUGUGGAAAUCAAGCAUAUCUCUACCUGAGCGUUGCCUUCAUUCAGAUGCUGAAAGCUUGCAUGCCUGUGGCGGUGCUGUUGACCACCUGGGCCAUGGGCGUUUCCCCCCCGAGUUUGAAGACCUUGGGCAAUGUCUCCUUCAUCGUCAUCGGCGUGGUCAUUGCCUCAUACGGCGCGAUUGAAUUCAACUUGACCGGCUUCAUGUACCAGGCUGGUGGAAUCACCUUCGAAGCCACUCGCUUGGUCCUGGUCCAGCGUCUCCUUAGUUCGGCCGAGUUCAAGAUGGAUCCCUUGGUGUCCCUGUACUACUUUGCGCCUGUGUGCGCCGUCAUGAACGGCGUGACCGCUCUAUUCUUCGAGAUACCCAAAAUGAGCAUGCAAAAUGUCUACGAUGUCGGGAUUUUCAUGCUGGUGGCUAAUGCAAUGGUUGCGUUCCUCCUGAACGUCUCGGUUGUUUUCCUCAUUGGAAAGACAUCCUCAUUGGUCCUCACUCUCUGUGGCAUUCUGAAAGAUAUCCUGCUCGUGGCAGCAUCCAUGAUGAUUUGGGGUACCCCCGUGACCAAAACCCAGUUCUUCGGUUACUCAAUUGCGCUCGGUGGUCUUCUGUACUACAGACUGGGAGCAGAGCAGCUCAAGCAGUACGUUGCCCAUGCUGGUCGAUCGUGGUCAGAGUUUGGUGUCCAGAAGCCAGCAAUGCGAAAAGCACUGAUCUUUGCGCUCGUCCUCCUCACCAUCUUCCUUUUGCUCGGCGGAUUGGCUCCCACAUAUGCGCCUUCACAGACCAAGAACUUGAAAGACAUGUUCAGCAACGGUCUUGGAUCAUGA